UGAACUUUUCUCGACUACUAUCAUCUCCUGUACUUUUCCCUUACCAAACUCGGUACUGCAACCUUAUAUCAUAAUCAUACACACAACCCGAUGUUUUCAGUUCAAUCAAAUCAACAACAGACUAAGUUAGUCUUCCACAGGCGUCUCACAAUCAGUGCUUCGUACCCAAUCCUUCUACUGCUGCGGUUUGCUCUAUUACAAAUAUCCCAGUAUUUGAAACGACACUUGAAAUCCGAUCCCUAUCCAGGCAUAGAAAUAUUGUAUUCCGAUUCUCCACCCACACUGUUUCGAAGAGCCCCAUUGCCUCUGCGACCCAGCGCCUAUGUACACGAAGCACGAGGCGGCCUUCUACGCCGCUUUACUGACACAACACGCAUACCUAUCAAACCCAGCAACAACUCCCCGCCAAUAGAUCCACAAUCACCACAUCUACGACACUAUCAUCCCAGCACAACUCAGGCAAAACCCACCCACCACGUGCAAACGCCGUUUCACACCCCCAAUCUUCCUAGCCUGAGAAACAAGAUCAUUACAAAAACAUGCGGCGAAAGGUUCCUUACGCGCGCCGUUAUUCCACAUACCUUGCCCUCCGACACACUCCCCGUUUAGACUAGUCCUCCACGCGCCGCGUUUCAGCCGGUUUCCGCCCAGUGGCGGAGCGGAAACGCCAAGACUCUCUUUUCACUACCCUUGCCAGACCGAUCUAAUGGUGGAUGUG